AUGGGCUGGAAAUUGGAAAUUAACCAAAUUAAACAGGGCUAUUUACGGAUGGUCCUAAUAUAUCGCUCGUAUACUACUAUCACAAAGGCCCGCCGGCGUGGAAAGGAAACGCUCCCUGGCCUAUAUUCAUCGGGCUUUCUGGUCUGUGAGGAUUGGACCUGCCCGGUUUCUCAUCCUCCAGGCAGGGCCGGAUCCAUGCAGGAACCACGAAAGGCCAUUUUGGCCAAAGACCACACCACAGGAAGCCCACCUCGUUUUCUAGCUUUCCAGAUUGCAUCGCAUCGGGCUGGCCGCCGGAGGCACCUGGUCAGUGAACCAGGCUCACGACAUGCACCACAAUUUCUCGGAUUCAAUUUCCGAAACCAGCAGGGUGGCUAUAACUAUAAUGGGUGCAGUGAUCUCGUUUCCGGGUUCACGCUGUCUGUUGCCAGCGCCAGCAGUGUUGUGCUCGAACAGGUGCCCGUGCUUCCCGCCGACUGGACGCAGCUGGACAAUGCCGUCGACGCCGCUCGUGGCAUCAGCUUCUCCAUUGCGCUCAAGCAGCCCAAGAUGGACGUGCCUGCGCUCAUGGCCGAGCGCGGCCGGCGCCUCGGCCUGGAUGAGGUGCACGCGCUGCGCACGCCGGACGAGUCGGCCGUCGACGGCGUCCUGAAGUGGCUCCGCGACGAGAACAUCUUCCACGUCACCCGGGAGCAGGACGUGCUUCGCGUCCAGACGACCGUGGCCGAGGCGGAGAAGCUCUUGCACAGCAAGUUUAAUCACUACGCCUACGGCGGCAAGGUGGCCAAGCUCCGCACCCGCGAGUACUCGAUCCCGGAGGACCUGGUCGACGCCAUCAGCUUCGUCUAUCCCGUCUCCAACUUUAUGCGGCCUUCGCCGAGCGACGCUCACGUUGCUAGUAAACUUGUCAAGCACGCGGCGGCCAACAGGACACAGGCCACGGCCAAGGUCCCCUGCUCUGAUGCUGUUGGUAUCAGCUGUCUCAAGCAGCUGUACAACAUCACAUACAAGUCCCCGGACAGAAAAUCUCCCGUGCGCUUUGGCAUUUCUGGCUAUCUUGAGCAAAACGCCAACCAUGACGAUGUCAAGAAGUUCCUGAUGGAGCAGACGAACAUCACCAACUAUGACUUUACCGUCGAAAAGGUCAACGGAGGCGAGGAUCCCAGCACGCCGGCCGGAGUCGAGGCCGUGCUGGAUCUCGAGUAUGGCAUGGGCAUCGGCUACCCGGCCGCCGUCACCUUUUACGCUACCGGUGGCCGGGGAGCCAUGAUUGGCCCUGAAGGGCAGCUACUGCCCAGCAACAAGUCCGACAAUGAGCCGUAUCUGGACUUUGUCAACCAUCUCCUUGACAAGCCUGAUGACCAAAUCCCCCACGUCCUGUCUGUGUCGUACGGCGAGGAUGAGCUCAGCGUCCCCGAGCAGUACGCAAAGCGUGUCUGCGAUGCGUACGGUCUCCUGACAAAGCGCGGCACCACCAUCAUCCACGCCUCUGGUGACGGCGGCUCUACGGGCGGCCACUACGGCAACUGCCGCACCUACGACGGCAAGAACACCAACACCACUAUGCCGACAUUCCCUGCCAGCUGUCCCUGGGUCACGACGGUCGGCGGCACCACCCACGGGACCGACCCGCAGAAGGGCGCCAUCUUCAGCUCCGGCGGCUUUUCGUACUACUUUGGCCGCCCCUCGUGGCAGGCGGGCGCGGCGGCUGCCUACAUCCAGGGUCUCAACGGCCGCCUGGACGGGUACUACAACAAGAACGGUCGUGGCAUCCCCGAUGUCUCGGUCGUGGCGGACGAGUACUCCAUCAUCGUCAACGGCACGUCCAAGCGCGUUUGGGGCACCAGCGCCAGCGCGCCGACCUUUGCCGCCAUGAUUGCGCUGGUCAAUGAUGCCCGUCUCCGCGGCGGCAAGCAGUCGAUUGGGUUCCUUAACGAGAUCCUGUACUCCAAGGAGGGCGUGGCUGCGCUGACAGAUGUCACCGAGGGCAAGAGUUAUCGGUGCAAGUUUGCGACGGCUGGCUGGACGGCUGCGCGUGGUUGGGAUGCCCUCACCGGUCUGGGAGAGCCGAGGGACUUUAGUAAGCUUAUGAGGCUGCUGCGCGACGCCUGA